UAAAUGCAUCAAUUAAUUAAUCAAUGAAAUUCAAAAAACAAAAAAGUUAACGGGUAAUCUCUGAUGCAGUUUUGAAUACCCGGUUUCUAAUUCAAAUCCAUUUUCACACCAUCAGCAUUUUCGGUUACAGCGGCGAGAAAUUUCUCGGAUCCGUCAAUGUCGUUGUUGGCUGCCAGUGGCGGCGACACCGUCAAACUCUUCGACGCUUCCGACAAGCUAUUCGACUCUUCCAUCAACUCCGGCGAUCCUUGCAUCCUUAACUUCACUCCUUCUCCUGGCUUUCAAGUCAAUUCAGUCAAGUGGAAUCACACUAAUUUGGUUGUUGCAAGUGCUGGUGAUGAUAAUCGGAUCUCUUUCUGGCGUAAGAAUGGACAAAGCAUGGGGACUAUUCCGGUUGAUAAUGUUGACAACAUUGAGGAGUCAAUACUGGCCAUCAGUUUCAGCAAUAAGGCAUCCAGAUAUAUGUGUUCUGGAGGAAGUGAUCAAGUUGUAAAGAUAUGGGAUUUGCAAAGGAAGCGCUGUAUUAAAAGGUUUAAGGGUCAUACUAAUACUGUCACGGGUGUAAUGUACAAUUGUAAAGACGAGCAUUUGGCUUCUAUCAGCCUCAAUGGGGACCUUAUACUGCAUAACCUUGCCUCUGGGCAAAGGACAGCCGAACUCAAAGAUCCCAAUCAACAGAUGUUGAGAGUUCUUGAUUAUUCUCGGGUUAGUCGUCACCUUCUUGUGACAGCUGGUGAUGAUGGGACAGUACAUCUGUGGGAUACAACUGGACGCAGUCCUAAGGUUUCAUGGAUGAAGCAGCAUUCGGCCCCAACUGCUGGCAUUAGCUUCUCUCCAUCCAACGAUAAGAUCAUUGCUAGUGUUGGCCUUGAUAAGAAAUUAUACACUUAUGACUCUGGAUCUAGAAGACCAACAUCUAGCAUUUCUUGUGAAGCUCCUUUUUCUUCUGUAGCCUUCAAAGAUGAUGGUUGGAUGCUGGCUGCCGGAACUAGCAAUGGACGUGUGGCUUUCUAUGAUGUCCGUGGAAAACCACAACCUGUUGGUGUUCUUCACGCUUAUGGUAGUUCAGAGGCUGUUACAAGCUUAUGUUGGCAAAGAUCAAAACCAGUUAUUGUCGAUGAAAGGAAUUGCACUGCUGAGACUGCUCUUGUGGGAGAUUCUGUUGAAGAUUCAAUCCUUAUGCCUGAUCCUUUACCUCCUGCAACUUCAUCUAGCAUUCCCCUAUCUACAUCAUUGUCUAGUACUUGGAAUUCUGGUAGGCUGGGUGCUUCCAUUGACACAUCUUUGCUUGCAACAUCCAGCAGUGAAUUUAUAACAAGCCUACCAACUGUGUCUAUUGGAGAGGAAACACCAAUCCGAAACAAUUUACGGCUAGGUGGAACACUGUCCAGGUUGAAUGCUCCGCGUUAUAAAUUGACGGAGGAAAUAGAUGUAUUCUCCCCUCUUGUGGAUGUUACACCAAUAACACCUUCAAUGUGGGAUGGAAAUGGGGUAAAGAAGGAUAUUUUAUCAUCCAGUCGAAGAUUUCCAAAUUCAGAAGUCGUAACCAGUGAUCAUGCAAUAGCUGAUUGGAAGUCCGGCUCUACUGCCAAGCAGGAUAUCACUCAAUCUUCCUUUCCAUUUGCGGGGAUAACUCCUCCAUCCACAAAGAGUGAAGAAUCUUCCAUCACUCCUCCAGAGGCAUGGGGUGGUGAGAAGUUAGCUGAUAAAUAUAUUUACCCACGUCAGGCAAAUGCACCAUCUCGUUUUGGGAUGUUAGCUUCCAGUGGUCAGGCAGCAGGAUUGACGUUUUCUGGAGUGCAAGAUACAUCCUCAUCAUCUGGUAUCAGUCCCUAUACCAGUUCAAGCCUAAAAUUUUCCAAUUUGCGCACCAAAGAUGUUUCUACAGGCCAGGAAACUUCACUGGGGUUUUCUGAUCACAUGUCCUCUACUUCUUUGCUCUUUCCCAUCAAUACAAAAGCCAGCAUUGGACAGGCAAACAUUGAGUCUCCAAAAAUAUCUGAUUCUCCUAGAAUGCAAUCCUUUUCUAAAAGAAUUUCUAGUUAUGCAGAAAGAAUAAGCACUGCACCUGCUUUCAGCGAUGGUGCAUCUCUUGCAGGUGGUUCACCUAAGAUUAAGAAAUCAGGAGCAGAAACCAGAGAGGAACUUCUAAAUAGCUUGCUAUUGAAGUCAGACAUAUCUAUCCCAACAGAAGCAGGCUCUCUACUGACAAAUGGAACAAUACCACAACAGAAAGCAUCUCAGUCAGAUGCACAAGGAUCUUCAUUUACACUUCAGCUUUUUCAGCGGACCCUGAACGAAACUCUAGGUUCCUUUCAGAAAUCUAUACACGAGGAUGUGAGAAACGUCCAUCUUGAAGUAUUAAGACAGUCUCAUCUGCACGAGAUGGAAAUGUCAACCAUGAUGAACUUAAUUCUGGAAAAUCAAGCUAAGUUGGUGAAAGAAAUGGAGGCUCUGCGUAAGGAAAACGAGCAGCUUAGACAAUUGCUUUGACUGAUGUGAAUAAGGUCACUACAUUUUUCUGACAGCAUCUUUAUCCCGUGGGAUCUGUUUAACUUUUGCAGACUAGCAAUUUAUCUUUGAUUUGUGACACACAAUUGGGUUUCGGCUUUUUGAUUGCGGUGGUUGGAAAACAAAAAAAAUAUCACAAGUGGAUUGCAUGUUACUGGAAUAGGUAUUGAAAGUGUAUAGAGGUGGUUUUUUAAUUAUGGAAUUUUUUUGUUGGGUGAUCUAUAUUUUGCAGAUUAUAUAUAUAUGGAAUCAAGUAUAUAAAUUAAAAAGGUGAUGAUAUAUUUGGUUUAAUAAGAGUCAGUUUGGUUGGUUCAAAUGGGAGGAUGAGAUGAAUUAUUUUUCUAAGGGAAGGAAUGGAAGAGAUUUUGUGGAAGAAAGCUAAAUUGAUUUAGGAGGGAUUUCAAGUACAAGUGUUUUAAAUAAUCUCUUCCCACCCCUAUGCUAAAAUUAAACUAAACAUUAUUCAAUAUUUAAAAUAAUCUUUUUCCUUGAAUGA